GUUGCUGGCUCUGUGCUGCCCGCCCCGGCGCUCGGAGCCCGCCCCGCGGGGAUGCCGGUGCUGGGAUUGCUGCUGGGAUAACCCCCGCUGCCCUCCUCCGCCUGCUGCUGCUGCUGCCCGGUCCGGACGGAGGAUGCUGCCCGGGGCGCGGGGGACUCUGACCAGGGGACCAGCGGCGGCGUCCUGUCCUCCGGCUCCGAGCGCUCGUGCUGCCCCUGGAGCAGCCGCCUCCCCCGGGGAGCGAUGACUUCAAAGCACCAGGCGGACUGGAUCCCGUACAGUGUUUUAGAUGAUGAAGGUAGCAAUCUGCGUCAACAGAAGCUUGACAGACAGCGAGCAUUGCUAGAACAGAAGCAGAAAAAAAAACGCCAGGAGCCACUAAUGGUUCAGUCCAAUGUAGACAGCCGCACAAGAACACGAAGAAUGAAACAUUCAGAGGAACAGGCGCCGCUGGUUGAAUCGUAUCUUAACAGCAACAGCAGCACCAUUUUUCAUGCAGUUCAGGAGGCCGAACAGGAAGAUGUAAAGGUGGUAGCAGAUGCUCAAGUUCCAAAAUCGACUAAAAAAGCCAAGGCAGCAGCUGCAAGCUAUCAAACUGGCAGCACAAGAAAGGAGAAAAAGGGGAAACACAAAGGAAUUGAUGGCCCUGCUGCAUUUCAAGCUGAUGUUCAGGAGGUAGGAAGCCAAAUUCAGAUUCUUACUGUCGGGCAGUCUAGCCACAGUGAAGAUGAUGGAGAGAUGAUGGCUAGUGGCCAACAACAAAGCAGGCAGGACCUUAGAGUAACAAUGCAGAAAAAGGAUCCCCACGCAAAUACAUCCUGGUCCACUUCCACUUCCCAAUCCAGUCUUGUGGCCCUGGAUCAUGUCCCAGGCAUUUCAAGCAGCAUGAAUUUUGAUGAAGAGGAUGAGGAUGAUGAAGACAGCUCAAGUUCCUCCCAGUUAAACAGUAACACCCGACCUGGCUCUGCAACAAGCAAGAAAUCAAACAAGGAGGCAGCCUCAGCUCCCAGCCCUUCCGCAAAUGAGCCUGUCAUAGAUGUUGAUGACCUGGAGGAGUUUGCUGUGAGACCUGCUCCACAGGGCGUCACCGUCAAAUGCCGAAUCACAAGAGACAAGAAGGGAAUGGACCGAGGAAUGUACCCUACCUAUUACCUCCACUUGGAAAGGGAGGAUGGUAAAAAGGUAUUUCUAUUAGCUGGAAGGAAGCGAAAGAAGAGCAAAACCUCUAAUUACCUCAUCUCUAUAGACCCAACUGACCUGUCUCGAGGUGGAGAGAGUUUCAUUGGAAAACUAAGAUCAAAUCUUAUGGGGACUAAGUUUACAGUAUAUGACAAUGGAGUAAAUCCAAUGAAAACAACAUCAAGCCUAGAAGCAAGUAACCUGCGUCAGGAGCUAGCUGCUAUUUGCUAUGAAACAAAUGUCUUGGGAUUUAAAGGACCUCGCAAAAUGAGUGUGGUCAUACCAGGAAUGAAUAUGGACCAUGAAAGAGUUUCUAUCCGACCACGUAAUGAACAUGAAACGCUUCUUGCAAGAUGGCAGAACAAAAAUACGGAGAGCGUCAUUGAGCUACAUAACAAAACUCCGGUCUGGAAUGAUGACACCCAGUCCUAUGUUUUAAAUUUCCAUGGUCGAGUCACACAGGCCUCUGUGAAAAACUUCCAAAUUAUUCACGAUAAUGAUCCUGACUACAUAGUGAUGCAGUUUGGCCGUGUGGCUGAAGAUGUAUUCACCAUGGACUACAACUACCCAAUGUGUGCACUACAAGCCUUUGCUAUUGCCCUCUCCAGCUUUGACAGCAAAUUGGCUUGUGAGUAAACAGAAGUGGUAGAGUCUCCACACAGCUGAGCAGUAUGCCACAAGGGAAAACAACAUGAUUCCAAAUAUUCACUGGUGUCAUUUAUGGUUCAUAGAAACCAGGCCAGGUAAAAUUAAUUUUUGAAAGGACCCACCAUAUUGUUGAGGAGAAAAUAAUUGGAAUCUUUUAAACAUUCAGGACAUUCAGGAAAUAUUGUUUUAUCUGUUAUGUAUUUUUCUGGAAGUGGCAUCAAGUUUCUAUAAAUAAAAGUCCUGUCUGAUAUUCUUAGCUAUGUUAUGGAGAGGUGCCAUGAUGUACCGGACCAUGGCUCAAGUAACACUAUUCCCAGUGGUGUCUCUUUUCUAAAUCCAUGAAAGCUAUCUUAAAAAAAAAAGUCUGUUUUUAUGUUUAAGAAGUAUUCAGAGGCUAUAAUCAGACCUCAAGCUUGUGUUGAAUACUUUGACGUUCACAUCACCCGACACGGAAGAAAAGAUCACCAAAAAAGAUGCACUUUUUGAACAGACAAGGAUCUCAUGUAAUAUAAAACCAAGUCUAAGAGUGGAAGGCCUAUAUUGGACUGAACUUGAUUUGUUGCUAUUAUUUAUGUGGAGGAGCAGGGUGAGUUUUAAUUAUAGUAGGAGAAAAAGAAGAAGUAGACAGCACAAAAUAAUGUUGCACAAGUCACUUGAAUUCUAAGGUGUCAUUUUUUUUAUGUUUUAAUAUCUAUUUGCUUUUAAGUUCUAUUUCGAAUGGAAACCUAUUCGAAUUCUAGAAAGGGGGAAAAGACUCUGAAUGCCAGCAUUUCGGCAUGCUGGGUCUUGGGUAUUGUAUCCUUAUAUAUCCCUAUAUUAAUUCAGAUACAUAUUUUGUGUCAAGUGAUAUAAAUAUUUGGAUAAAGAUCGCUUCACAGAGCUGCAUCAUUAUUUUAAGCCAGUUGUGUGAAUGACUAGGGAAAGUAGUAGCAAUAAUAUAUUAAAUUAUUCUGGCCUUUUGUGAUUUACAUUUUGGAUAUUGAGUUUUGUCAAAUCUAUGGUAACAAUUUUCAUAUUUAUUUCUCAUUAUAAAAGUGCUUGAAAUCUAUUUUACAUUAUAAUGUAAAAGUGCCAGCUACUGAGCUAAAUUAUUUUAGGUAAAUAUAGUGUACAUUACAUACAAAUUAGGUUCAUUCAGGACAUACAAAUUGCUUAAAAUAAGGUUUUCUUUUGUUUACUAUUUUCUGAUAGGUCUGGGAUAUAUAAACAAAUAUCAUUUCAAAAUACGAGCUCUCCACUCAGCUUUCUUGCAUUGUAAACAUCUCAAAAGUCAUCAAGGAAAGACUUUAACUAUGAGAAAUGCAUAAAACCCCAUUUAAAAAUAAGUGGAGAUCCUGAGUCUUACUUCUGUUUUCCCAUACAAUAAUAUUACCCCAAACACAACAGUUUAUUCGAAGAGCUUUAAAUAUUAGAGUAACAUUUUAUACCGUGCUUAUUAAAAAGCCCUUUUGUAUUCUUAAUAGCCUAUUUACAUUAUAUAACCACAGAUUAUAUAAUAAGAAAAUGAGAUCAGAUCUGCUUGUCUCAGCUUCCAGUCCCUGUGUGACUGUAGGGCACAGGCCAUCAGGACAGGUUGUGCCACUUGGACUGUAUGAUUUCAACUAAUAAGAUAAAUAUGUUUUAUUCUGUACCUCUGCCUCCAGGUCUCAUUACAGAUAUAGGGACAAGGAAAUUCCAGUGGACAAAUGUGCUUGCAGUUGGAUUGUUGUUGCUUAACUUACAGUUUUUUAUGAAAGUCUAUUUUAGAGGGAAUAAACCCAUUUCAAAUCCCAUUGACGUCAAUGGAGAGAAGCCUCCUGGCUUUGAGGGGGGUUGUUCACCCCUGGCCCAACCUAUUGAAUAUUUUCUGAGCAAUGGCAGAGACUGUCCCCUUUUUGAAAAGACUGAAGACAAAGAAUAUUUUCUUCCUGUAGUAUAAAAUAAGAAAGAAAGAGAUCUCCUGAUCUGAGAUAAAGGACCAGUGAGUUCCUACAAUGAAUGAUAAAAAUGGUAAUCACUCAGGAUUUGCAGUUUUCAUUAUUCAGCACUUUGCUAGUAUGAGACCCCAGCAAAUGGGUGUGGUCUCCUCUCUGUCAGCUGUUGAGUUAUUGCACCAGACCUGAGGCACACUAUCAGCCCCUGUUCAUUAUCUGAUUUUGAAUUUUAACAAACAAAUGGCAUUCGUGUUACUAUAUGACAGCUCUGAACCUUACUCAGUGCUUCUAGUACUAGCUAGAGUUUCGGUUCAGUCCAUUGCAAAGAUAGAUACAAUCUGCUGAAUUUGGAUUUAGUUUGGAUUUCCAAGCUGUAAAAGGUGUUGGCCAGAAUCAAACCUUCAGAUUCCAUCUCCAAUGAUAAUUAUAUGCCUAGAAAAUGGCAUGUAGCAUUGCCAUGUACAUCUAUCUACUUAAAAAUCCACUCAAAAAAACACAAUGUCUUAGUCCAUUUUCUUUAAUUAGAUGAGAAAAUGGCCUGUAAGUUACACUGGAAAGAGUAUUGACUCCAGUCUUCCUAAAGUUACUUCACAGUACCAUAAUACGGUACUAGCUAAGUAACUGCAAAGGGAAAUUAUCUUUAAGGUAGUCACUAGAAGAUGAAUAGCUUGUAUAAAGAAGGGUCUUUAUCACUGAGAGCACCCCACAUCAACAAAGAAAAUAGAAAACAUAACACAAAUUCUGGACAACUGACUCAGCAAGAAACACCAGCUAUGAGUAUCACCCCAACCUUUAUGAUUAGGAUUUUCAAAAGAGUCUACAGGAAUGAGAUGCCCAAAUCUCAUGACAUUUUUUGUAGGAGUUCACUCUGGUGUCCUUACCCUUGCCUGAGGAUUGUAAAGCAAAAUGCAGUGUUCUGUUCAUGCACCUGGCUGCCAUCUUUUGCCCCAGAUGUGGCCGCAUUUUGGUGGUGACAUAGCUAUUUUGUGAAAUGUGUGGGACGUUUCUGGAUGAAAGACACUACUACAUAUGAAUAUUUUUAGGUUCUAACUCCUCUCCCCCCAAAUCCUUCAUUCUUGCCAUCUUGUUAAGCAUACAGAUUCUACCUAAACAAAGCACAAUAUAUGGGAUUGCAUAGAUCCCAGGAAAGUAGAUCGUGCCUUGCACAGUAAAAAUCUAUUUUCAAAGGUAUCUGCCUUCUCAAAUAACCUGUUUGACAGGUCUCCAAACUAGGCUUGCUGAUAAGAGUGCUAGGACCAAUAUCUUCUGAAAUUCCUUCAUAUCAACAUUUAACAGCACAUAAACCUUGGCCUUUCAGUAUCACAAAUAAGAAUAAUAAGAAAAAUAUCAAGUCAUAUAAUUCCCCUACAGUGUCCCAGUGAGAAUUUGGUUAGAAUUGACUUCAUAAUGUUUUAGCUGUAAGUAGUGAUGAUUUAAUCUUGCUUCUGUUAUUAAUUUUGGUAGGGAGUCAUAAAGAAACUGUGCCUGAAUGGCUUAUAGGCUAAUAUCCUUCUCUUUAAUGUGACUUCUUAAUUUAACUUGUCACUUUAGCAACUAGAUUAUUGACAUCAAAUCACUUCUUCCUGGCCUAUAUCUAAUUUUCUUCAUCUCUGAAGCUCUACUACUCUUGCUCCACUUCCUCUCUCCAAGCCCAUUAUCUUUUAUUCUAAGAUGUAUACGCCAAAGUGCUUGUUUUGGCAAUAUCAUUCAGUGAAUCAGCUGAAUAGCACCAUCAGGAGCACAUCCAAUGAUGCCCCCACAAUGGAGAGCUUUAUGGAGGCUGAAUUUGGCCCUUUAGCUUUACGGUGAAGUAAGUUAACACAUUAAGAGGCAAGUGGAUACAAAGAGCUUGUCUGAAAUACAAUCCGAAUUUCAAUGAUUUUAGGAAACACAGUAACAGCAGUUUCCAAGCCAGUGGCAAAUCAGUGAGCAACACUGUCCAGAAGCCUGGAUUUUCUGUUAUGAACAUUUUCUUCGUAGGGUUGUCUUAUUUGUCCUUUUGGUAAGGUUGAAAGUGAUUCUAUAAAACGCAACGUGUCAGUGCUGCUAAACUGACCCCACAUCUUAGAAGCUAACCAUCAUCCCAUUCUGAGGGAAUGAAUGUCACUUAGAAAAAAAGAGGUUGGGUGAAGCUUCGUCGCACAGUAGUAAUAACUAGGCCUUUAUUACAAAGUCUGAAACCAUGGAAAUCUACUUAAGUGUCUUUCCAAUUUAUUUCUGCAUGAAUCACUUAUUUUUCAAGUUACCUUACAAUAGUAUUGAUAUCUCCAGACCAUUGUGGUUGCAUAGCACCAUAAACGAGCACUGUUCUCACUCUAGAAAUACAUUUCUAUGUAUACUCUAGAAGGGGACCCAUAAUAAAAUCUUAUAAGUCAACACCCCAAACUUUAAGAGGUUCUGGAAUCUUAUCGGGGCUCUGGAACCAAAUUAAUGCUGACUAUUCUUUUAUAAUGCUGAACCAAAGCCCUGGAUGCAAAGCUUCUGGCCCAUCUCUAGCUUUUGAUGAAUGAAUUUUCAGUGAACUGCAACCAGCAUAGACAUUAUGGGUGAGAUUUUCAAAAGUACUCAGUAUUGUACCCCAAUGAAAAAUCCCCCCUGUAUUUUCUCUGCCAGUUCAGCCCAGGGGUACAGAAAACUUUACUUAAAUAGGUCCAAUGUGACCUCGUGCAUUUUAGCAACUUUUCAUAGCAUUACUUUGUUUGUUUUGCAGUAGUGACCUGCUGUACAGAGUCAGUGUAGGAGACAAUCUUUGCCCUGCAGAUUGGUACGGAUUUAGUCUUUGAUUAUAGAACAGGAUAGGACAGCCUUUCUUCCUGAUCUUGCAAAGAGCUGAUGGACUCGUACACCUAAGCGGUGCCACUGAUAUUUGGCAGGUGCUCAGAGAUACAGUCAAUGGAUCUCUGCACAGCAUAAGAGUUUGCAUCUACUAACCUUUUGCAGGACAGGAACCUGAUGCUGUCAAUUUCUAAACUGGCUGAAAACACAUGAUCUUGUGACUCACUAAGAAAACACAUGUACAAUUUGUACUGAAGUAGGCUCUUGCUCAUAGAAUACCUCUUCGGAUAAAUCUGGAUACCACAUUUAGUAGAAUGGCACACAGUGGCUCCCCUUAUUAGAAGUAUGGGUUGAUUCUCAAAUUUCUUGUCAAAUCUCCAUAAAGGACACAUUUGUGGUUACUGGAAAAACAUUUCUCUCCAUUUUCAUAUAAACAUCAGUUUGGCCUUAGAUCUUUCUGCAGAUGAAGACUAUACAUGUCAUUACACACCAUUGAUUCUCCCCUAGCUAAUCACACAUGAACGCUACAGACUCCUCCCAUGCACACUGCUCUGUGAAAAUACAAUCCGUCCGAUUGCUUCUGCUCCACUAAACUCCCUUUUAGAUUUCCUAAUCAAUAGCCACCUAAAAUUGUUUUGUUGCCUUUUUAGUGUUUGCUUUGAUAUUGCAGCUGGCUGAUGAGGAGAAAAAGAUUUGUGAAAAUACUUUCCCAUUUGUUUUUGUUUUUCAGAAAUUUCAAAAUAUUUUGCUCUGUGUAUGCUGAACUCAAGCUCAGUAGCUGACACUCAGAAAUACAUUUGAGUUAGAAGAAAUUGCAUUAGUACUUUUUAAAAUGUUGUAUUUUAUUGAACUGCCAAGGGGGUAUAAAUAAUUCUUUUUAGAUAGGUGUAUGUUUGUCAGAAACCUUACUAAGGAGACUUGAACUAUGUGAGCUUUCUUGAAAGCCUGUUUAUUAGAUACAGUGUACUGGUUUGUCAAAUUGCUUUAUGUAGAUGAUGCACAUAAGAAAAGUUGUUAAAUUGUUGAGGAAAACUUUAUAUCUGCUUUAUAAUUUGGUUGGCCAGUAACUGUUCUAAUAAUUGCUACACGAUGAGUAUGUUUUAUGUAAAACUACAGUAGCCCUUACUUACAAAACCUUGCCAACACAUAAAUAGGAAUUUUUUAAAGCCCUGCUUGAAAGUCUGACCCCACAUAUCCAGGUUAUGUUGCAUAUGUUUGUUGAUUGCACACCAUUUGGAAAAAGACACAAUCUGUAUUAAAAAUGGCCUAAAGUUGUAGUGUUAUCGAGUAGUUAGAGCAUAUGACUGGAAAGGAGGAGUGCCUGGGUUUUAGUCCCACGCUGACUCACUGUGUGUCUUCGGACAAGUCAUAGCCGCUUUGUGCCUCAGUUUCCCUAUGUGUUAAAUGGUGAUAAUUAUUAUCAGACCAUCUUCCCCAUUCUGUUUUGAGACUUAAGCAGUUGAAUGCUUUGACACUCUUAGAUGGCAGAUACUAUUUAUGUGCUACGUCUUACAUUUCAAUUGAUAUUGCUGGAAACAUAAAAGUGUGAAUUAUUAUCUGUUACCCGGGCAAUUUAGAGAAACUUAUUAGCUAAUGAAAUGGUUGGGUAAAAUCCUUAUCCCAUUAGAAUCAAUGGGAGUUUUGCCACUGAUUUCAGUGAGGCCCAGGCUUUCAUCCUCAAUGUACCCCUGAUUAUCAAAUGAGCAGAAAAACACAGAGUCAAAGAUACUGGACAAACAAUGUGAUACUAUUUUCCCUUUUUCAAAGUGAUGUAUAGUUGUAUUUUAGUAUACGUUUAUAAUUGUUAUAAAACCAGCAUUCCUGAACAUAUUCCCGUGACUUUUAAUCAUGAUGCCUGUUUGUCCUUCAUUCAUAUGGAAAAUCAGGCACUUAAUGUUUAUGUGGCAUGUUGUCUUUUAAAUACUACUUGUCUGAAUCAGGGUAUAGCUACACUUGGAGGUGUGCAGUGCUGGGAGUUACAGCUGUCUUCGUACAGCUGU